CGUCCGGUCCCAGCAAAUUCCCCAGUUACCAACGUUGAGUUGGGACGUCGACCUACAAGGGGAGAAAAACAAGCAAAACUUGUUGUGAACCGUGGAAACUAUCGCUAUUAUUAUACUAUUGGAACUUUUCUAGCACCGGGAUCGUCUUUCUAAUCGUUCAAAGUUAUUUCGGUCGGUUGAACAAAAAAAAAGUUUUUUCCCAAACUGGAGUGUCGGUAGAGAACUCGGGGAGGGUACUGUUGACAAGACUGGAGGCCGCAAUCAGUACUCUUUUGUCGUCAUCGAGGGGACAGUUUAUUGUCCAGGCAUUCCGACAUUAUACUCGUUUCCUCGUCCCUUUCUUCAACUAUUUUAAAGCGAUAUGAACUCCAACCAGCACCAGCUCAUGCCGGGGCAACAGGUCGUGCACGUAGCCCAGGACUCGGACACUGAACUACAGGCCCUUUUCAAUUCUGUCAUGAAUCCAAAACCCUCGUCGUGGAGAAAGAAAAUGCUCCCAGAGUCAUUUUUUAAAGAACCAGACUCGGGGUCUCACUCUAGACAGAGCAGCACCGACUCCACCUGCCAGCCUCCCCGUCUCCAGGUCUCCCACACCCGCUCCCACUCUUCUCCGGCCUCCCUUCAGCUCGGGACCGGGGCCAACCCCAGCUCCCAGAACCUCCACCACCACCAGCGCCACCAGUCCUUCGAUGUGGCCGAGGAACUGCCUCUGCCUCCCGGCUGGGAAAUGGCCUAUACCAGCAAUGGGCAAAAGUAUUUUUUAAACCACAUGGAGAAGAUAACAACAUGGAUUGAUCCCCGGAAAUCCAUGGCACCCAACAUGGCAGCCAUGUCCCUGCACCACAAUGCGCAGAGCAACAACACACACAGCCUUGCUCCACCACAACGAAGCCUGGUCCUGUCUCAACCAAACCUGGUGAUGCAGCAUCAGCAGCAGCAGCAGCACCGUCUCCUCCAGCACCCACAACAGAUGCAGACCCAGCAGGUACCGGUUUCGACCCUGAACCCAGCAGGUGGCCUGGCCCAGCAGCAGCACAGCUCGGGGGGCCUCAUGAACCUGCCGGGACCCCUGGGUAACGGCUUGGGUGGCGUUGGUGGCAUCAAAGGUGCCAUCAGUCCUAUCAGUGUGAACCAGCAGCAGAAGAUGAGGCUCCAAAGAAUCCAGCUGGAAAGAGAGAGGAUUCAGAGACGACAAGAAGAGCUCAUUAGACAGGUGACGCAUGCAAAAGAGGUGGCACUUUGCCAGCAGCUCCCUACUGAAGCAGAAAGUAUGGCAACAGCAACCCCCUCUGCUGGCGCAAUCCAGAACAACAACAACAUCCCAACAAGUGGCUCCGACCCUUUUCUCAACAGUGGUCAUUUUCACCACUCAAGGGAACAGAGCAGUGACAGUGGAUUGGGAUUAGGCUGUUACAGUAUCCCCACCACACCUGAGGACUUCCUCAACAAUAUGGAGGAGAUGGACACUGGUGAAGCCCUAGCCCACGGGACUCUGAGUGUACCUGGCGGGCAGCCUGGUCGCUUUGCAGACUUCUUGGAUUCACUCCCAGGAACAAACGUCGACCUGGGAACACUGGAGGGUUCCGACAUCAUACCCAUCCUCAACGACGUGGAGUCUGUUCUGAACAAAACUGAACCUUUCCUCACCUGGCUUUAAAUAUGUUUCAAUAUGAAUGCACACACAGUUCACCACAAGAAUUUAGACCCUAAAUAGAAAUGUUUUUGAGCGAUUCCUCCUCAAGCAAAUUUUGGCAUCAACACAUUAUCUCUUUACCAUAAAAGCUUGGUGAUGUUCAGAAGGAGAGUGUAUGGUAUACAUCGUGUUGUUCUCUUGAAGCGUGGGCCAACACCGACUGGAUACCAUUAGAAGUACCUAUCUUCAAUCCUAUUUCUAGCAUCAGUCAUAGUUCACAUAUCUAAUUUGUAGAAUCCUAUUCUGUUAUUUAUUUUACAGAUGAGCAAAAAACCUGCACACAUCUGGCACCCACAUAGGUAAAACGUAAUAAAGCGGAUUCCUAUAUCUGCAAACUCAAUCCCCUAAUCACGGGGGAUUGAGUUUCUUAAGCUUUGCAUGAUGCCCAAGUGCAACAAAACACAUUUCUUGAUAUAUAUAUUUUUUAUUACAUGUUUGUAUUUCAAUUUUAAAUGAUGAAUCCUAUACAUAUUACUAGGAUUGUAGAGACAAUUAUGUAUUGAUAAGGCCAUGUGAACAAGAAAUGGUGUUGUGGAAUCUACACUUUAUACUCUUUUAUACUCCUUUCUACAGUAUAUUAUUACCGUGUUGUGAAAUUGGAUUAUCAGACAAAUGGAUUAGUUAUGCCAUUGCUGCCUGUAGAGCACCUAUUUCUAAUCUACUAAUAAGCCAGUGGGUUAGCUGUUUCUUUGCUCCUUCCCGUUGAUAGAACAGGACGGCUCCAGGCACAGUCUGGCCUGUUUUUUUUUACUCUGAUCCCAAGAAUGAGAGGCCAUAAUCUCUUCUCUAAAUUAGAUUGCAUAUGUAUUAUUUAUCAAGCUUUUAUCAUGGCAGUUUUGUUAUUUUUAUUGUUUUUUUGAGGAGGGUUUUCUUAACUUUUUCUGUCAAUGACAGAUUUUUUUUAUCCAAAGACGAAUUCAGUUGUUUUCACAUCCCUAACAUGAAUUGAGAAACUCUUCGAAGCUGGACACUGGGAGAGGAUCACAUGUCAAUCCCUCCUCCACAGACACUGGCAUGCACACACACAAUCUAUCAGCUGUCGCUGCCCACCAAAUAAGAUAAAACUUGGAAUAUCCCAACUGGCCAGAGGAGCAUGCCUCCCAGGAUGCCUUUCCACAAGGGAACGUUACAAAGGCAAGUCAGUGAGGGCUCGUCUUUUUCAGCUUUUGAAGGUUGGCAAUUAUGCAUUUACUGUAAUACUACAAAGGGAUAAACCAAUUAUAGAAAUGUUUUGUUGGAUUACACAUCUGCCCACCCUGUCGUAAUAUUAACAAGACGUUGGAUGAUAGGGAAUGAUAUCCACUCAACAUUGCCUCUAAAAUUAUAUCAAAUCACAAGAAUACUCAUCUAUUAUACAUUAUUCAGUGGACAUGAAGCAGUAUUCCAGCUAAAUUUGAAGAUGUGAUAUAUUACAGUAAACACAUUGAAUGGAAUACACUGUUUCUUCAUUGCAUGAAAUUAUUAUUAGUUAGAAUAUCAGCCAACUUCAAAGUCUUUGAAACCUGUCACAGAUCAGUGUUUACUACAUUACGUAAUAUUUGUAUUAUCAAUACCAAGGACUAUGUUAACUUUGUUUGAUGCUUGUUUUCUUUAAUGUUUUUGUUAUGUUUCUGCAGCAUAUUGGCCUGUUGAACAAGAUUUACUGUUAUCUGGUGGUUUCCUUGUUUGCGUUACUUUUUGAAAAAAAAUGACAGAAAUGGUUAUUGUAGUGUUGAUGAUUGCCUAAGAUGAAUGAACAACAUGUUCCCACCACAUAAGAAAAACAUGAGGACCUAAACUAAUCUGAGGUGUGAGCCAGCCAGCGAUCCAAAAAUACUUGUCUUGUGGAAUUACCUUUUUUAUAUUAGCGAUCAAACAAGUUGCAACUGCUUUGUAUCUCAUUUUGCAUCUAGGCUGGAUUCUGCUUAGUUGGGCAGCCUUUGUGUUCUACAGGUGGUCUUUGGACUCUAGCUACAUUUAUAUAACCAUCACUGACAAGAGGAUAUAAGUUUGGUUAAGUUGUUGUGCUGAGGAGAAAUUCAAGUUGAUUGAUUCUACACUAUUAUGGCUUGUUACUGAUUACAAUCAAGGAGGGACGGAAAGUGAUAAUGAGAUGAGCAGACGGAGGAAAACAGUUAGAGCAAGGAUUGGUAAAGCUUAAUAAAAGGAACUCGAUUUCACAUCUGACUGAUUUGAAUUGUUCCCCUGGCCAAACAUACAAAAAGGCAAGGUUUUGUAUUUGGAAGAUAAAGAAGUAUAUUGUUAUUUAACAAUGUCCUGCAAUCUUUACAAAGGAAAGGACAUGCAAGUAAUGUCUGGAAUGUGUCUACAAAUGAAUUACAUGAAAUGGUGUAACUUGACUAAAGAAUAAACCACAAUAUCUUAUGCAA